AUCAAUCAAUCUUCUAUUGGGUUGAGAUGAGAGAAAGAAAAGAAGACAGAGUGGGGGGCAUCAUCCAUGUCAGCUCUCCUAUCAACGAAGCCUUUCUUCAACCUCCUCUUCAACAACAACAAUAUCUCUCUGCGUCCAAUAAGAAAACCUCUUCCCAGCCUGCUCGUUUCUUCUUCAAAUCCUCUCUCCACCACUCUCAGAUACAGCAGCAGUUCACUCUUGUCCGUUGCUCCUGUAGAAGCAGUCUUAUUCGAUAUCGAUGGUACUUUAUGCGAUUCAGAUCCACUCCACUACUAUGCCUUCCGCGAUAUGCUUCAAGAGGUGGGUUUCAAUGGAGGAGAAUCAAUAACUGAAGAAUUCUUCAUCCAGAAUAUUAGUGGCAAGCAUAAUUCAGAACUUAGUCGUCUCCUACUUCCUGAAUGGGAAUUUGAAACAGCCAUGAAGUUUAUGGAAGACAAGGAAGCAUACUUCCGAAGAUUAGCAUCAAAGCAAUUGGAACCUGUAGAUGGACUACACAAGAUGUUAAAAUGGGUUGAUGAUUUAGGUUUGAAACGAGCUGCUGUGACUAAUGCUCCUAAGGAAAAUGCGGAGCUCCUCUUAUCAAUGUUAGGUUUGACAGAUUUCUUCAGCAUGGUUGUACUAGGAAAUGACUGUGAUCGAGCCAAACCUUUCCCAGAUCCUUACUUGAAGGCUCUUGAAGGACUCCAGGCAUCCCCUUCGCACACAUUUGUGUUUGAGGACUCGGUUUCUGGAAUAAAAGCAGGGGUGGCUGCUGGAAUGCCGGUGGUGGGUAUAGCGUCGAGAAACCCAGCAAAUUUACUGUUAGAAGCUGGGGCGGUUUUUGUGAUCAAAGACUUCAAUGAUCCCAUACUAUGGACUGCCUUGGAAGAGACAGCAAAACUAACAUGAAUGAUAUGAUUCAUGAAAGUCUGAUCAUUCUUUCAAUCAUUAAAAUGAAAUCAAUGUGGAAAACUUGUACAUGAAUUUCACUUUGUUUAAUUAUGUUCUUCAUAUUUAUA